AGACUCAUCAUCCGUCAUGUGGGUCCGUCACUGAACCUGUGAGUCCUAAGCUGGAUGCAGGGUUCCUUUCCGAGAUCGAGUUGACGAAUGAAUCGUCCUCUUCAGCGACAAUGUUUUCGUCUUGGGAGAUUCGAUCCAUCAAGGAAGCUCUACCGAUCCUUAACGUUAUCUCUCUAACGAACUUCGAGGCCCUUUGCAAUAUAGUCAUUUCCCGUAUGAAUGGAGAGUCCACGCCUUCUACAGAGAAACAUUUCGGGGAUUCCUUGAAGUUGACGCUGACGGAGCUCUCGGUGGCGCUUCAAGGACUCCAAAGCAUCUUGAGCGCUUGCACCCUCCAGCUCACCAAGCCAUUGAUCCUCUUGCAAAAGCUGCGAGAAUGCGGUUUCUCUGCGGAACACUCGGAGAAACUCGCCUCUAUUUGGGCAUUACACGCACAGCAACUAGUGAACCGAGCUAGGGGUAGUCAAGUUACACAGGGCAUACGUCUCUCCCUUAGUGGCUGGGAGAUUCAUGCAAAUGUGGCCAACCCUCAGCCCGUCGUUUCACUGUCGUUGCGGAUCGGUGAGGAGAACAAAGUUCUGGAUAUGGAUAGAGCCCAACUGGAGAACCUCUUCGAUCAAAUCCAGCAGAUCCAGAAGGAAGUUGACGCCUUACUCACGGCGGACUAGAUAUACAGACGAACAAGCAGAAUAAAGGAACAUGUCU